AUGAAACCUUAUAUCGAUGGUAUGCUCCGCGGGGCUACCCAGGGGCCUGAUAUUCAACCUACACCUGUAUCAGUACCGGCAAGAACAGCGGUAGCGGGGACCAACCUAGCCCAACAGCCUCCGAGAGGUCAGGUCCAGAAUGCCUCAACGCUUGGGGAGGUCGAAAGUCUACUUGCAUCGGCAAAAUCCUCAUGUGCUGUAAUAUUCUUCACUUCCUCCACCUGUCCUCCUUGCAAAAUAGUAUACCCAACGUACGACGAACUCGCAGAAGAAGCUGGCAGCAAAGCCGUCCUAAUUAAGGUGGAUAUCGGCCGAGCAUAUGAUGUGUCUUCUCAUUACCAAGUGAGGGCAACCCCAACUUUUAUCACCUAUCUAAAGGGCAAAAAAGAGAACCAGUGGUCUGGCGCAAAUCCAGCAGAACUUCGAGGAAACGUACAGCUGCUUCUACGGAUGGCCUGGCCGCCGCACCCUCACUCCAGCCUCAAACUUCCCAGCUUAGAGCGUCAUAUCGAUCAAUAUAUUUCCUACAGGAAGGUUCCCCCCUUAGAUAAACUAUUGUCAAAGGUCGGUGCUGCUGCUAGCGAUUCCAACAUCGUUGCCUUGGUCAACUUUAUCAAACCAUCGAAUACCGACCAGCCAAAACCUCCAUUGCCGGAUCUCAGCCAACUUACCUUCUUUGUGAAGACAAAGUUCGUCUCCCUUCCGGCAGAAACACAUUUUGCCAUUCUGGACCUCUUUCGAGUCGCAUUUGCCGACCCGAGAGUUAGCGGAUACUUUGCUGAGGAACACGGCCAUGGAACCAUAUUGACUCUCCUGUCCCGGGCAAAUGACCUUGCAGACACCCCAUACAACCAGCAGCUUGUUAUGACACAUCUAGCAUGCAACCUGUUUACAUCUCACCUCUACCUAACUCAGCUUUCAAGCCAUGACGCCCUCCGCCACACCUGCAUCAAGCUUGCAACAAAUGCCCUACUAGACCACCGCAGCAGUCUCAGGGCAACGGGCACUUCUCUUAUCUUCAACCUUGCCGCGGCUAAUCACAAUAAAAGAUUGCUUGAUCCACCAGAGGCGGAAAUUCUACCAGAAGCUGACCAGUUUGAGCUAGUUGCGUCAGUAGUCGAGGCUAUCCGGGCUGAGCAGGAGAGUCCCGAAACUCUGCACGGCUUGCUUCUAUCACUAGGCCUCCUAGUACACCAUGCACCGGCUGGGGGUGAGGUGGUAGAGCUAUGCAUGGCGCUGGAGGUUGAGUCGGUAAUAUCGGAGAAGACAGCACUCGAUGCUUUCAAGAAGGAGAAGGCCCUGUUGCAGGAGAUCGGCCAGGAGCUCAUUGGUAAAGGCCUCAGCCUGAACUAG